GCCUGGUAAGGGAAAACCAUUAAGUCGACUUGAGGAGAGGGUGUUAAGAGUAAUUGGGAUCACUGCAAUAACUGGAACUCAAGCCAUAGAAGAAGCAGGUUUUCAAGAACCAUCUUUACCUCAAGUGAAUACAGCUGAAACAGAAGAAAGGGUACCAUCACCAGAAGAAAUUGAGCUCAUGACAAUACCUCCAGAAGAUACAUCCAUAAUUACAGUGCCAGCAGAUGUAACAUCUCCUCCACCAGCACAUCCAGUCAGUCCUGUGCCAGGCCCUUCUAAUAGUAGAACUAUACAAGGAGAAAGAUCGCCGGUAUCUUCUUCACCUCGUCGUCGCAGUCUCAGACAGCGAAGACGCCAAACACCUUUCGACCGAGCCACCAGUGAGUUUGUGGCAAUAGAGGAGAAUCGAUUGCGAUUCGAAAGGGAUAGGGAUGCGCGUCUAUAUGAGCUGGAAAAUGAACGACUCAAAAUAGAAGCACAACGUGUUCAACUUGAUAGGGAGCGAGUUCAAGUUGAAGCAGAACGCGUUUGGGUCGAAGAAGUCCACACCCACGUAGAGGCAGACCUGCGUGACUCCACACAACAAUUGAAUUUAAGAAUAAUAGCUUUGAUGUCACUUUUAGAAACUCGUGAUUUGAGACCUAAUUAAUUUAAUUUUAUAUCCUACUCUUAAGCUAAUUUCAAUUUACGACA